GGAAGAUGGCGGCCGCCGGCCGAAAGAAUAGGGGAGCACGGGAGAGGCAGCGUUAAGUGCAUCGCUUGGGACAUGAAACGUGUGGAUUUAAUGCUUCCAAGGGGGGAGGAAAAAAACCCCACAGGGUCUCGGUAGCCUUAAGCCGCUUAGCAUCCAGGGGCAGAGAUUAGACCGUGAAAGGAGCAAUCUCGGUUUUUUGAUGGCAAGCUGGGUCAAGAGAAAUGAAGCAAAAGGGAUCUCUUCCCCACUCACAAAACAAUCGCUUUGUGUUUGAAGGCUGGAAGCCCAGAAACCGAAGUGAAACACACGGUGCCACCGCACCUGGUCCCCAGGAUGGGGGAAUGGCACAAGAUCUUCCACCAGAGCCUAACCGUCCCUCCGUGUAAUGUCCGGAGGCCAAAUUUGCCGCUCCAACAAUCGGUGCCAUUUCAGUGCGUCUUGAAGAGCGUGCACGGGAACGCCUUGAAACAAAAAGUUCUGGAGAACAUGGUGGAGGUGGGAUUCCAGCUGCGCCUUUCGCUCUUCGACGUGGCCUACCGCCAGUUCUUUGGCAGGACUUGGAGAAGCCCCACAAGGCCUCUGAAAUCAGUCCCGGGGCAGCCGCCCUCCGUGGUCUUCAACGAGACGGUGUAUUUCCUCACCUCUUUGGGUCACCCCGGCAUCCUGAUGGUGCUAGAGAUUGUGGCGACCGCCAAGGGACAGGACGCGGCGUCCCGGGAAGUCAGCUGCGGGUUCGGGUUCCUCCGGUUGUUUAACGGCAAAUCCGAACCGCUGAUUUGGAACUCGACGGGCAAAGGGCUCCCUUUGUAUCAGGGGACUCCCCGCGCUCUCCUGCACCCGCUGCUUCUGGAGCCCAUAGAGAAGAACAAGUACCUGACAGUGAUGGAAAACACCCACCUGCAGUUCACCCUGCAGCUCCACCCACCCUUGGAGGCCAUUCACCAUCUCCUGCCUGAGAAUAUCCCUGUCUCCAGUGGGCAGAGGGUCCCAGGGGUCUUGGCAGCACCUGAAGGAGACUUUCUGCAGAAGCCCCGCCUGAUGAAGAGCCAGACGUGGUACCUGGACAAGCUGACCGUCCACCUCUACCCUUCCCUGGAGAAGUUUGAGGAGGAACUCCUGAGCUUGCUUAUGCACGAGCAGGUUAACUCGAUCCUGGACGGGACGUCCCUCGCGAUCCAGGAACGCCGGCUACACGUUGGCGUCCACAACGGCUUGUGCUUCGUGCAGCCCCCCCAGGUGGUGGUGGUGGUCCCUGUGGCAUUGCCAGAGGCUGAUAGAACCCGGGGAAGCAGCGGGAGCCUGCGCCGGAAGCAAGGAAGUCCCCUCAAAGGCAGUGCUGAGGGACGAGCUCUCAUCCUGCGAAGCCGCAUCCACCUGGCUGAGAUGGUUCCUCACCCUGCUUUUGGAGUGGUCUUCCUGUUGGAAUAUGUCUUCUCUGUUGCGAGUGGCCCUGAUGGGAAGACGCCCUCCAUGACCUCCCUGACGGCCGCAGCCUACAUGCACUCGGUCCGCUGGGCCCUUUGGCAGCCGGUUCUGGAUGCGAAUUCCGCAGACGUGGUCCUUCCCUUGCGAGGCGGGCCUCAGCUGAACCCCCACCACGUCCUGGUUUACAAGACCCCUCCGGCCACCAUGAGCUCCAGAGAGGUGAAGCAGGUCGAAUCGGGCACCCUCGCCUUUCACUUCUCCACCAGCUCUGAGGAGCGACUCGGAACAGCGGCCAAAAGUCCGGGCGUUAAGAGGGAAACGCCGCUGCCCCCAAAGAUCAAGAGCCCACCCGCCGCGUCCCCCGGUUCACCUCCUUCCGUCCAGAUGUUGGUUUCUACUCAGGAUUACACUCAGGGUCCCGGGCUGUCGAUGUCGCAACUGUUGGCGUCCCCGAUAAACAGGAGUGGCCACGCGUUGCUGCCAGCGGUCAGUGGUGCUCAGCCAUCCCAGGACAGUCUUCAGCCGGCCAGAGAGAGCCAAGCAACCAUCGCUCACCUGGAGUCCGACCUGAGUUACAACCCUCAACUCGAGGAUGGCGCCACAGUGGACCAGCUGCAAGAGCUGCCCUUCACGCCGGUCCACGUGCCCAUCCUGGCUCUCGGAGGAGCCCCUUCACGGAGCCCCAACACCGCCCCCACCCGGGCCUCGCUCGCCCGCCUGCGCACGGCCGGAUUCCCUGAGCUUCUGGAUUGCAACAAGGAACCACUUGAGAUGUUGGAUCCCAACGAUCCCGCGCCCUGCAGCCCCCAGAGGGAGGAAGGCGACCCCUUGCCCAACCACGAGAUCCACCUGCAGUUCCUGGCCUUGAGCAGGCCUGCCCAGGACGAUCCUGCUACGUGGCCCCAAACCGUCUACUUCACCCUUCAGUUUUACCGCUUCCCCCCGGUCACCACGCCACGGCUGCAGCUGGUCCAGACUCAGGCCUGUGGGCCAGCGACUCACAUCUUGGUGCAGAUCAACCCAGACGGGACCCUGAAUCUCGCCCCCCCUGGUUUCCACCUGAAGUACCUGGUGGACCAGGCCUCCCUUAAACCAGGUGAGCCGCGCUGGUUCCUCCACUACCUGGCCCAGCAGGCCCUGCAGAUCGACGUCUGGGAUGGGGACUCUUUGCUUCUGCUGGGAUCUGCCGCGGUGAAGCUGAAGCAUCUCCUUCGCCAAGGACGGACGGGGGUCCAGGUCUACCACGAGUUGGAGGUCCUGGCCGUGGAGUACAAACCGGAUGCAACCGUGCUGAGCGGGGAGGUCUUCCGCCCUUGGGGGGUCAAGCCCAUCGGGGUCCACGCGGCCGUGAGGGGUCAGCUUCACCUCCGCCUGGCGAAUAUCGGCCACCGGUGUGAACAGGGGCUACGGAGGUCACACUCCUUACCUCCUUCUCGGAGGCGCGUCAUCUCCUCGCAGGACGGCGCCAGGGGCUUCCCUGGUGGCAGUUUGGUCUCCAUCAGCACUCACAGGGCCGGAAACGUGUGCCAAGCCAAAAAACUGGCCGAUGUGGACAGUGAGCUGGCCGCUCUCCUUUUCUCCCGCUUGCGGGAAGUGAGCGGCGUCUUGCAACCCGCCAGCCAGGAAGCCGGACUCACCCGACGCCGGAAAUUGGAGAGGAUGCUUUCGGUCCGGAGGAAGGAGUCUCAGGAGGGCGACGUUGGGAGGAAGAGCAGCUUCAUCUUGGGCCGGCACGAGGACCGGGUUCAGCAUUCCCGAGACCUCCAGCUGAUCGAGGCGUACCGGGAGCGCAUCAAAGCUGAGAGCAUCACCUCCAUGCUAUGCCAAGCCAUCACCACCCACCACGUCAUCUACGCCACGUUGGGCACGGCCGAGUUCUUUGAGUUUGCCCUGAAAAACCCCUACAGCGUCCAGCACACGGUGACCAUCAGAAUAGACAACCCGGAGCUCAGCAUCAUCUUGGACGUCAGAGAGUGGAGGCAUUUUAAAGAACUGACCCAAACGGUCACACCGUUGGAAGAGGACAUGUUUCAUCUUCACAAUGGCCUCACUCCUCAGGUUUACCUCCGUCCCAAGGAGACGGUCUACAUCCCCUUCAAGUACCAGACCUUCUCCACGGAGCAGAUGGCCACUGUGCAGCAAGGUCCCCCCGAGCCGACAUCUAAGGAAGGUGAGAAGAUCCCCACGGCCACAUCCUCUGGAAAGUUCAGCGAGACUCUACGCAUCAAGGUCUCCUUCACAGUGGGCAACGGCAAGCCCCUUGCUAUCCUGAGCGUCAGUGUGGAAACCCAGCCCCACGCGGUGGAUCAGACCUUCCGCUUCUACCACCCGGAGUUGACCUUCUUGAAGAAAUCCAUCCGCCUGCCUCCAUGGCACACGCUCCCAGGGGCUCCUGUAGGGGUUCCUGGUGGAGAACCUGAGAUGUUCGUCCGCUGCAGUGACCCCAACGUCAUCUGUGAGACCAAGAAGAUGGGACCUGGGGAACCUCAGGACAUCUUUCUGAAAGUCGCCGCGGGUUCGAGUCCCCAAAUCCAGAGAUUCUUCGUGUUGAUUUACACAGACCCCUGGCUGGCUGCACCCACCCAGACCUGGCAGUUCUACCUCCACUGCCUGCAGUGGGUGGAGGCCAGCUGCAUCCUGGGGCAGCUGACGCGGCUCUCCCUGGUGCUCCGGGGGACCCACACCCUCCGUAAGGUCAAGGCCUUCACCUCCCACCCACAAGAGAUGAAGCUGGAACCGGACGGGGUCUUCAUCCUGCCGGCCAACGGGGUCCAAGACCUGCACCUCGGAUUGCAGCCGCAGAGCGCCGGCUGCCGCUUCAUCUCCCUCAACCUGGUGGACGUUGAGUUCCACCAGCUGGUCUCCACCUGGCUGGUGUCCAUGACCUGCCGGCAGCCCUUCAUCUCCAAAGCGUUUGAAAUCGUGCUGCCUUCCGGGGGAGGAAAAGGGUCGAACAAGAAGAUCACCUACACCAACUCCUACCCGUCCCCCCGGGCCUAUUUCCUGCACACCAACCGCCCGGAUCUCCUGCAUUUCAAGGAGGACUCCUUCCAGGUGGGCGGUGGGGAGACCUACACCAUCGGUUUGCGGUUUGCUCCCAGCCAAAACGCCGGUGAGGAGGAAAUCCUGAUUUAUAUCAACGACGCCGAAGGGAAGAACGAAGAGACGUUCUGCGUGAAGGUCGCCUACCAGUGAUUCCAAUCCUUCCUGCCACCAGAUUGGAUGGAUCGUCCGUAAGCGGAUCCCUCACACCGUGGAAUAUUGCCUGUCUCGGGAGCGAGUCAGAUCCCUCCUCCAUCCUCGGGGUCAGGGAUCCAGUCCUGAUCCCAGCGAGGGUCUUGGGGGGAUCUCAAACCCAACCGGGAUUGUCUUUUGAACAAAAACAAUAACAAUCUGCACCAAAAAAGAAUUUUAAUCUGCACGUCGGGAUCGUCUCAGUUUGAUUCGAAGGAGCUCGACCGUCCUAGCAAACGAGAAUCAUUCGGUCCGUGUGGCUUAUUCUCCCACGUGAUAUUUUUCUCCACCUUGCCGGAGGGCCCGUUUUUAGAUCCUCGGGGUGCCCCUUUGUGCCUUUUAUUGAAUACCCAGUGGCGUCUUUGGGGGAAAAAAAGCCUCAAUUUUUUUUUCUUUUAUCGCCGGUUCUCCUCUUGAAUGAACUUUCUGGAGCGGUGCGAGUUGCCGGUACCCCAUUAAGCAUUUCUGGUAACGCCCCCCCAAAAAAAAGAAAAAGAAAAAAAAAGGAACAAGGCUUUAUAAAGUUAAAAACCUGGAAAAAACUCAUCGGGUUUUCGAAGCCCUCAACUUAAUUUGAACGGUGAAUAAUGAACCUGCAGCCUUUUUCGGCCAUGUUUUUAAAAAGUUUUGUUUGCCGGGAUUAAAAAUUGGAUAUAUCUUUUUCCUCCACUGAGCACAUUUAAUGUGUGAUGUUUGCGGAAGGUUGAGGGUCUUUUAAAAAAAGAGAAACAAGCAGAGAGGCUCACAACCAAAGACGCACACAAACAAACAGAUCCGGGCUCAAACCGUAUCGAAUUAAAUCAAUUAAAAUGUCUUGGAUUUUGCGGACAGCAAAAAUAUUUAAUGUUCUUGUUUCGUCCCUCGGGAAUGGUUCAGGUCGGUUUAGGGUUGGGAAGAUUGCUCCGGG